UCCCACCCGGCACUCUCCUCCCUCCCGCUCCGCCCUCUCCUCGCCGGCGGCGACCCCGACCGCGCCCUCUCCCUCCUCGACUCCCUCCCGCCCGGCUUCCUCCCACUCCGCGAGUCCCUCCUCCUCCCGCUGCUCCGAUCUUUGCCUCCCGGUCGCGCCCUCCACCUGCUCGACCAAUUGCCCCGCCGCUUCGGUGUUCAGCCGUCGUUCCGCUCCUACAACGUCGUCCUGUCAGUGCUCGCCAGGGCGGACUGCCACGCCGACGCGCUCGCGCUCUACCGCCGGAUGGUCCACAGGGACCGCGUCCCGCCCACCACCUUCACGUUCGGCGUCGCCGCGCGGGCGCUCUGCCGCCUCGGCCGCGCCGACGAGGCGCUCGCGCUGCUCCGCGGGAUGGCGCGGCACGGGUGCGUCCCCGACGCCGUGCUCUACCAGACGGUGAUCCACGCGCUGUGCGAUCAGGGAGGGGUCACCGAGGCCGCCACGCUGCUCAACGAGAUGCUCCUCAUGGGUUGCGCCGCGGACGUGAACACGUUCGACGAUGUCGUGCGUGGGAUGUGCGGCCUCGGGCGGGUACGCGAGGCGGCGAGGCUGGUUGACAGGAUGAUGACGAAAGGCUGCAUGCCCGGCGUGAUGACGUAUGGUUUCCUCCUGCAGGGACUGUGCAGGGUGAGGCAGGCUGAUGAGGCACGGGCAAUGCUCGGGAGGGUGCCGGAGCUGAAUGUCGUGUUGUUUAACACGGUGAUUGGCGGCUGUCUCGCAGAGGGGAAGCUAGCAGAGGCUACAGAGCUGUAUGAGACAAUGGGUUUGAAGGGCUGCCAACCAGACGCGCACACCUACAGUAUAUUGAUGCAUGGUCUUUGCAAGCUUGGAAGGAUCGGUUCCGCUGUGCGAUUGCUUAGAGAAAUGGAGAAGAAGGGAUUUGCUCCGAACGUAGUCACCUACACGAUCGUGCUACAUUCCUUUUGCAAGAAUGGCAUGUGGGAUGACACAAGAGCAUUGCUGGAGGAGAUGUCAGCAAAGGGCUUGACUUUGAAUUCACAAGGGUACAAUGGAAUGAUAUAUGCACUAUGCAAGGAUGGCAGGAUGGACGAGGCGAUGGGGCUCAUUCAAGAGAUGAGAAGUCAAGGGUGUAACCCUGAUAUUUGCUCAUAUAAUACAAUAAUUUAUCACUUGUGCAACAAUGAACAGAUGGAGGAAGCAGAACAUAUGUUUGAAAACUUACUUGAGGAGGGUGUUGUUGCAAAUGGUAUAACUUACAAUACAAUCAUUCAUGCACUGCUGCGUGAUGGAAGGUGGCAGGAUGCUGUGAGACUUGCGAAGGAAAUGAUACUUCAUGGUUGCUCACUUGAUGUUGUUAGCUACAACGGGCUGAUAAAAGCCAUGUGCAAAGAUGGGAAUGUUGAUCGGAGCCUUGUGCUUCUUGAAGAAAUGGCAGAAAAGGGUAUUAAGCCAAAUAAUGUUUCAUACAACAUUCUGAUCAGUGAGCUUUGUAAGGAGAGAAGGGUACGUGAUGCUCUAGAGCUCUCAAAGCAGAUGUUGAAUCAAGGGCUUGCUCCUGACAUUGUCACUUACAAUACACUCAUAAAUGGAUUAUGCAAAAUGGGAUGGAUGCACGCCGCUCUCAAUCUCCUAGAGAAGCUACACAAUGAAAAUGUGCAUCCUGAUAUUAUUACAUACAAUAUUCUCAUUAGUUGGCACUGCAAAGUCAGAUUGCUUGAUGAUGCUGCUAUGCUUCUAAACAGGGCAGUAAGUGGUGGAAUAGUACCUAAUGAGCGCACAUGGGGAAUUAUGGUACAAAACUUUGUCAGGAAGCCACUUACCAUUUUGGCUGACCAGGUUGAAGUGUAUUAGAAACAUGUGCUUCUCUAUGUUAUAUUUGAUGGUUGUUGCGGCUUUUGAAGUUACCGUAGCAUCCGUUGUUCAAUCAAAAUGAAAUGGUCAUAUCAUGGUGUUCAUCGCUGAUUUCAUCAUGCUCGGUGACCUGAUGGCAGCUGUAUGUCCAGUGGGUGAUCGUAGAAUAAUGCAGAUUCUUCCUGACAAGAAUUUCAAGUUGUACUUACAUACAAAAGGAGAUGAUUUCCAACACUCACUCGGCUGUGUGAAGCCAUCAUGUCCUGCUGGGAAGGAUCGAUGUGAAAGAAAGACUGGGCGGUGCUGGCGUGCUGCUCGCCGCCGGCCAGGACAGGGGGGCGAACAGGUAACUUGCUUUCUUGCAGUUAUUUUCUGGGUUUCUGUUCUAUCUGUUGCCAUUUUAGAUUGUAUUUUUUUUCUUGCUAAAAUAGCAUGGAAUGGUGUCAUGGGAACUAGAAUGUCUUUGGGUAUUGCGUUGGGCCUGUUCCUGCUUGGUUGCUCCACGGCUGCAAUUUUUCAGAAAUUUAAUGGAAACUCACCUUGACGAUCUAGGGAAAUGUGGGAACACUAGAAGAUGAAAAUGCCUCUCAUCAGAAUUAGUCUUAGCAGAGAAUUGUAUUGUAUUGUAUUGGUUGCACGCUACCAAUUCAUCAGGGCCAAAGAUUGUGAUAACCUCAUGACAGCAUACACAUGUGGUUGCGAGCUUUCAAAUAAAUGUGCAUAUCCAUAGCCUAAUUUAUUUAUUCUGCUAUCAUAAUGUUUGUAACUUAGUGAUGCUAUAGCUAAAUGAGGAAGCUUGCUUUGUUGCAAACUAUAUAAGAGAGAUAAGAACCCAGCAUUUUUUUUUUAAUUUCUAGUA